AUGAUGAGAAUGAAGACGAAGACAACUGGGGUGGCACUUUCAGAGUUGAAUGGAAGUUCUGGCAGUGGCGGAAAUGAGUCGGGGCCGGCCGAGUGGGAGCUUAGACCAGGAGGAAUGUUGGUUCAGAAGCGAAAUCCAGACUCUGAUCGGAACAUGGCCCCUCCACCGACAAUUAGAGUUAGGGUCAAAUAUGGGUCCAUUUACCAUGAAAUCAAUAUUAGCGCUCAAUCUUCCUUUGGGGACUUGAAGAAAAUGUUGGCUGGACCGACGGGUUUGCAUCAUCAAGAUCAGAAGCUGAUAUUCAAAGACAAGGAGAGGGACUCAAAGGCUUUUCUUGACAUGUCAGGGGUGAAGGACCGAUCGAAGAUGGUGUUAGUUGAGGACCCAAUUAGCCAAGAAAAGCGAUAUCUCGAGAUGCGACGAAAUGCGAAGAUGGAGAAGGCUUCAAAGUCAAUCUCUGAAAUCAGCUUGGAAGUAGAUAGGCUCGCUGGCCAGGUGUCGGCUCUUGAAUCAAUAAUCUCCAAAGGUAAAAAAGUUGCAGAACAAGAUGUGCUUACACUGAUUGAGCAACUGAUGAACCAAUUGCUUAAACUAGACGGAAUCAUGGGCGAUGGAGAUGUGAAAUUGCAGAGGAAAAUGCAGGUGAGGAGAGUGCAGAAGUGUGUUGAAACUUUGGAUAUAUUGAAAGCUAAAAACUCCACGCCUAGCAGCAAUGGAGGUCAGACUCCAAAGCAAGUUCAGCAAAAGCAUUCUAAUGGGCAUAGACAUGGAGCAAUCCAUCAACAGCCUCAAAGUCAUUACAAUGGAAAUGAGAAUUUGCUAACACCAAUUCAAGAGCAUCAACCAAGGCAUUCAGUUGGAUAUUCACCUUUACAUCAGCAAGGGCAACAACAACAACAACAACAACCAUCAAGGCAUUCAGCUUCAGGGCCAGUAGUUGUCACCACACAGUGGGAGACAUUCGAUUCUGCCCCGGCAUUGAUCCCAACCUCUUCGACAUCCAAAUCGGCCUCAGCCGCCAAUAAUUCUGGCUAUCCUAAGUUUAAUUGGGAAUCGUUCGAGUAA